AUAAUUGAUAUUUCUUGGUUACUUGUAUCAACUCAUACAUGCACUAUGAUCAUAACAUUGUGCAAAUAAAUAGCAUAACGUGGGCUCGAGGUCCAAAUCCGGCCCAGUGGAGUAGCGAAAUGAAAGGCCCAGUAAACCGAUGCCGGUCGGUGUCGGUCCGUGCUCCAUUUCCGAAUUCCGAUUCUCCGAACCAGAGAGAAGCGCACGGAGGAGGAGAAAAACUGGAAGACGCGCAGGCAGCAGAAGACCAAACGAAGUUGGGGAGGAUAGAGAGAGAGAGAGAGAGAGAGAGAGAGAGAGAUGGGCUCUCGACACUCGCUUCACACACUUCUCCUUUCCUUCCGUCCCCGCCUCCUGGCCCGAUCGAUCUCCUCCACUUCCCGCGUCGAGAGCGUCGGAUGGUUCGACAAGAUCAAAGGCGUCUUCACCGGCAAAUCCACCGCCGAUUCCAAGUCCUCCUCCUCCUUCUCCCUCAUCGAAUUCGCCGAUCAGAUGGACAAGGCGCGGAUGCUGGGAUCCUUCAGGAAGUUCGAGGUGGGGCGCAGCAGCGCCGCCAUGUCCGAGAAUUUCAAGAAGAACACCGCCAUCCUUCGCUACCUUGGCUCCAUCGAUCCAACGGGAGAGAAUCUCCAAGCUAACCACAAACGUGAUGCAAUAAAGCAUUGUAAUUGCACGAUAGCUGACGUUGAGGAGGUACUGGCGAAGUACAGGUGGGCCAAAGAGGCCCAGAAGAAAAUUGAUAAGUUAAAGGAGGAAGGAAAGCCAUUGCCAAAGAACUUUAACGAGGUGCAAAAACUGAUGGGCUCAACACCAUUGGAUGUUGGAAGACCUAAUUUGGCGAAGAGCGGGUCAAUAAGCAGAAAUGCUCUCUGCCCAUGUGGAUCCAAAAAGAGAUACAAAAGGUGCUGCGGAAUGACCUGAGGUGGGAACAGCUGGUGGAUCUGAACUUCUCCAACUUAUGUGAGAUACAUAACUUGGGGAAGUGGAACUGGCGGUCAACCACAUCAAAUUCGUAUGUAGUUGAAAGUCAUGCUAAUGUUUUUCUGUAAUUGAGUAUUUUAGGUUACGUUGCUGUGAGCGGUGAUGCUCUGAAUGUCAACUGUACUCUUGCAAUCAAGGGAAUUUACUUGGGGCGGUUGAAACUCUGGCAGCUACAGCACUGACCGCUGUAUCAUCAACUGCAAAACUGAUGCUGCAAAGAUCUCCAUUGUUAAGUUAGCUAUCAAGGAAAAUGCAAGACAGCACUUACUUUCAAUUCAGAAAUUGAAGCCAUGGCAUACCAACAGAGUGGUUAUGCUUUUAGUUGAGGAUAAUCUGCAGAGUUGAAGCUUAGAUUAGGUAAUAAAUAUUAAGUAGCUACUCUUAAUCAAGAUGGUGUUUCAUCUGUUUAGUUCUCAUUUCCUGGGAUUUAAAGAUUGGAUAUGGUGUGCAUGUUGAGGGUAGUUUUUGAAUUGUACCGUUAUUCCACAUUCAUUUACAAAGUUUGAGGCAGAGAAGAGAUACGGUCAGAAAUGCAGUUAUGUGUGAAUUGGUUUUGUAGAUUUCAAAACAAAUUUUUAAUCCUUUGUGGUUUCCAAACUGUCAACGUGCACAUUUUUUUUUAAAAAGAAAAGAAAAGAAAAGAAAAGAAAAGAGAAAAUGAUAAUUUUUCUGAAUGAGUUCA